AUGGGUGGAGUCGGCGCUAAAACUUAUAUGGGAUGGUGGGGUAACAUGGGUUCCCCAGCUCAAAAGUACAUCACUACCUACUCAGUUUCUCCUUAUGCUACCAAGCCAUUCAAGGGAGCUGCUUACAAUGCUGUAUUCAACACCUUCAGAAGAACCAAGAACCAAGCACUUUUCGUCAUUAUUCCAGGUGUUAUUGUCUGGAACAUCUACGCUCAAGCCAGAGACUACAACGAAUACUUGUACACCAAGGCAGGUAGAGAAGAAUUAGAAAUUGCCAACGCUGCUUAG